AUGUCUCGUGUUGCACCACGGUCUGCGCCCGCGCGGCCGGGCGAAGAUGACAUCUGCCCAGUAUGCAAGUCCUCACGCUAUCUUAACAAGUCCAUGCGCUUUCUGGUCAACCCGGAAUGCUACCACAAAAUGUGCGAGUCCUGUGUGGACCGCAUCUUCUCCCACGGCCCGAACAAGUGUCCGAUUGCUGGCUGUCACCGCACCCUACGCAAGCACAAGUUCCGAGAACAGACCUUCGAGGACAUCCACGUAGAGCGCGAGAUCGAUAUCCGAAAGCGUGUAGCCAACAUCUUCAACCGCCGAGAGGACGACUUUGAUUCACUGCUUGAUUACAACAACUACCUAAACGAGGUCGAGGACAUUACAUUCAACCUCAUUUACAAGAUCGAUGUCGACGAGACAGAAAAGAAGAUUUCCGUCUAUGCCGAUCACAACGCCAAAGCUAUCACUACGAAUGCCGCUCUCGCAUCUCAAGAAUCACACGACUACUCAGCGCUACAAGCCGCGGAAAGAGAACAGGCUCGCCUACGGAGAGAAGCCGCACGCAGAGAAGAGGAAGAAGAGCGAAGAGCACGCGCAGAAGGAAGACAAGACAUUAUCGAUCGCCUUGCUACGGGUUCAGGCGAUGCCGACUCGAUAGCACACGAAGGCCGUGUGACGCUCAAGAAACGACUGGACAAGAAGCAAGCUGCCGACAGACAAAGGCAGCUACAAGCCGCCGCGGCCGCGAGAGAUGCCACCAACGGCAGCAGUGGCAUCGUCAUCAAAGGUCUCAAGACGCGCAAAGCACCCGAUCCAGAGCUUCCCUACGACGCCUUUGGAGGACUCCGAUUCUCAAACGAAUACCACAUCGUACAAGAUCACUACGAAUGGGACUGGCUCAAUGAAAUCGACAGCCAGCUCAGCAUCGUUGCGGGCGGUUACAGCAAACAAGAGUUCCAUUCAAGGGCACUCUGUGAAGCUUUCUCAGGACUUGGAGUCAUCAUUGGAGAGGAGAAGGCCGAGCAAAAUGGCACACACAACGCAGCUACCAUUGGCACUGCGGCUGCGGUUCAUGGGAGCUCUGGCGUGAAAGAUGUCAAGAUGGAGGACCCGUUUUGA